CCUCCACUGCCCUACGUGGAAGCCGAAGCCUUUCAAUUCUGGAAGAAGCGCGGUAGAGUCACGUCCGGUGGAAGCGGGGAGUUGAGAGUUAUCCAGCACCGCGUGUUCAGAGGCAAACAGAAAUGGCAAAAAGCCUAAGGAGCAAAUGGAAAAGAAAAAUGCGAGCGGAGAAGAGAAAGAAAAAUGCUCCCAAGGAACUGGCCAGGUUGCAGAGCAUUCUGAAAGCCAACAGUGAUGUUGUAAUGGAUGAAGUGAAGGAAGUAGUAACUGUGGUUCCUGCUGAGAAAAUCUUAGAGAAAAAGGAUUCAGAUGAUGGAAGUAAGAUGGACAUGGAUGUUAAAAGAAAUCAGAAAACUCUUCUAGAUCAACAUGGACAAUAUCCAGUAUGGAUGAAUCCCAGGCAGAGAAAAAAGCUAAAGACAAAACGUGUCAAAGGAAAAAAUAAGUCUAAAGCACCAAAAGGAUUAACCUGGUAGACUCUGAGGCAACUUAGGGUCAACUUUCUAAAAUGCUUCCAUGUCAUUGGCACCAGUUGUCCUGAAAAUGCUUCCUUUUCAAAGUGGAACCAGCCAAUUUUGCCUCAAAUGGUGAGUCAAUCAUGAGUCACACUCUCUAGCUGUCUACUUGAAAGUUGUGCUUUGAAAUAAAUUUGUACUCUAGGACACUGUGGGAAUUUUAUGGGUUACUCAGUGCAUUUUUUAUAUAUAAAUCACAUGUGACCAUUAAAAACUGUUUAAGUCCCCAUCUAGGAAUAGUUUAUUUCCUAUGAAUGGGUAUUGUUUUAUUUUUUAAAAAUGAUUUUACUCUCAGAAAAUGCAUGUAGAAAAGUACCUAAGAAGAUAGACAAAUAUAACAAUUUUGUUUUGUCCAAAUUAUAUGACAGCAGGAAGGGAAAGCACGGUAUUUUAUAACUCAUCUUUCUAGUCUAAAAUAUAAGAAUUAAUUUGGAAAAAUGAUGUGAACCUCAACCUGGUAUUCUUGAGAUGAAUCCAUUCAGUUUCCCUAAUCCCAGCAUUCUAGUCAACACAUCUGGAGGGUACUAGGUUGAGGAAGGCAAUAGAAGAUGGAAAAUGUGAUUAUACAUGGAUUAAAAACGUCUGCACUGUUAUCUUCAUUUCACAAGGCAACAGUAUGUAACAUCAGGGGUCUAUUUUCCCCUCCAACUGUAGUUUCCUUGGGUAAUCCAUGAUUCAGUGGUUGAUUUUAAAAGUUAAAUUAUUAGAAGCAAUUUUCUAUAGCCCAGUGUUCCUAUAAAAGUAAAAUGACUCAUAAGAAUGCUAAAUACAAACCAGAUGAUCCUAAACAUUAACUGAAGAGGAAAAAAGAUAAAGUUCAGUGUGGGUCCUCUCAUAAAAAUGAAAUUCUUUUCUGUACCAAGAAAACAGUUGGUUAUAUAAAAUAGGAAAUUGAGAGAAAAAGGUAAUUAUUUUACCUGUCCCAAACUGUUAAUUAGCUUUAGCAUUUCCAUACAUUUUCAUUUCUGUUCUAAUUUGAAAAAAAAAAAAGACCAGUAAGUAGUUAUUGAAUUUUUCCUACAAUGCAAGGAUGUUUAGUCCUAUAUCAAUUAUAAUUUCAAAAAAUAUCUGGAGUGUACAUUUAAAAGGGAAAUGGUUCUGACUAUAGAUCAGCAUAAUAUAGAAAUCUUCAUCAUGACAGUAAUGUCACAGCACAGUGGGUUGCUACUGGUUCACCCUAGAUCCGCCCACCCGCCCAGACGCUUCUGCGCAUGCACAGAAGUGUUGCACGUGAGCGCACGCGCAUGAGCGAACCGGUAGCAACGGGUUUUGAAACCCGCCCCCGCAGUAGCAUUGUGAUCCAUCUUCACAUUUACUACCUUUACAAGUCUAUAAAGCAAAAGAAAGCUGAAGUAAGAUCAUAAGGACAGUCCUGGUUUCAUUUAGUGACUGCUUCAAUUAAUGACUGAAUUGCUGGUCCCAAUUGUGGUUGCUGAAUGAGGACUACCUGUAUUUUUGAAAUAAUUAUUGAUCUUAGAUCCCUCAAAAGUCUUGCCCUUCUGUAUAUUGUUUUAUAUAUUUAUAUUAGGAUAGUAAUACACAUCAUAUGAAUUAGGAAUGGCAUUUCACCGGAGAGCCUUUCAAAUCCAGCCCAUGUGAUGUAACAUUGUAACCUGAAAAGAAUAGCAGAUAUUUUGAUGUGUUGUUAUGUUGAUGCCUUUGGGAGUGACCCAUGUUUACUUAUUCAUAGCACAACAAGGUUACAUAAUGGUUCAUCUGAGUAAUCCUAUAUAUUAAUAGUGGCUAGUGUCAGUAGUAGCACUGAACUGUUGCUUUGUGUUAGUAACCUAUUGCAGUUAUAUUUUAAUGCUGUUGCAGCCUAAUUAAUAUAGUGGUAUGUUUUCACAGCAUCCAUUCCACAAUUAGUACUGGAUUUCCUAAUUAUAUAUUUAUAAAUCAAAAGUCUAUAAUUAGCAUAGUGAUCUGUUUCCACAGUAUCCAUCACAUAACUGCUAUUAAUAAUGCCUUUUAUAAUUAGAUACUUAAAUAUUAGAACAUACAAUUCAGUCUUUUUUAAAAUAAUGAAGUUUGCAUUACCAUUCACAAUUGCAAAUCCAACAUCUGUGAUAAGGCAGCAUGGCAAAGAGCAGGCUACACUUUGAUUUAUCAAAAUAGAAGCCAAGUUCAAACAAAUUUCCUUCCUUCCUGAGACUGUGGUUGAAAUAAAAAAAGGACUACAUGAUUGUAUAAAUAUAACAUUUGAAUUCAUUUAAUCUACUAUGGUUUUCCAUGUAUAUGAGAUUGCUGUGGUUGCUGGCAUCUUUAUAGGCUUUUAUGAAAUAAAAAUAUGUUUGAAGCUCCCUUGGCAAAACAAUUAUAUAACAACUUCACUGCUAGACUAGAACUAGGCAGCUUGAUUGCACAUUUUAUUGGUUUUUGAUCACCUGGCAUUAUUAAGGAUAAAGUUAAAGAUCAAAAAUAAAAAUAGAGUAUUUCCAUUUUUUUAAAUCAUGGUGAUUAUUGAUUAAAAUAUCAGAAAUAGGCUUCAAUGAGCCACAGGUUUUGUGGGAUUCCGUUCUCUGACUCUGGAGAAAAGAGGGCAACUUUGGGGAAGAAACUGCAGAGAAAUCUUCCUCUCAUUGGAUGGCUGAGAGAAGCUGAGGUUCUCUUGACUACUGAACUCUUCUAACAUUAAGUGUAGCCAAAGACAUUUUUAUUGGCCAAUGACCCUUUUUUUUCUCCUCUCUGUCCAUCCUUUCUUUGAUUUCAAUUCCAUUUCUUGCCCAUGGGACACUUCUGUCUUCCUGCCUUAGCUCAUGAGGAUCCUCUGUUCUUCAGACGUAAAAACAAUGGGGAUAGUGGUAUUAAAACCUAUCGGACUUAAUGCACCCAUGUUAUAUGAUAGCUCAUUUUUAAAAUAUGAUCAGUAUGUUACUGCUUUUAUAUAUUUGAAGCCAAGGAUAGUACCUGUCCUGGAUAAUAUUCUGGGAGUUCCCCUCCCCAAUGUGAGUUGUCUAUCUCUCUAGCUAGUACAAAAUGCAGUGGUGCGGGCAGUUAUGUGCACCCCUAGAUCAAUGCACAUUCCAUCCUUGCUCUGCAAGCAACAUUGAUUGGGUUCAAUUUAAUGGGCUAGUAAUGACCUACGGUAUAAAGCCCUAAAUGGCAAGGGGCCAGUUAUUUGAGAAACUGCCUCCCCAGUCACAUCUACCUAUCUCAUCAAGAGCAGCAGAAAGGGCAUGUUGAUGUCCACAAAGGGAAGUCUUUUCUGCUGCAGCACCUGGUCUCUGGAGCAUCAUUGCCCCUGAGAAUAAGUUGGCCCCAACCCUGUUGGCCUUGCCAAACAGCCAGAAGAGACUGCUUUGGCGUCUGGUCUGGGGAUGAUCCAGUAAUGAUGAUAUUGAGCUUGCAGGGUGCUUGUAGUGCUAUAGAGAAAUUUGUGCUACUGCCGUGAAAAUUAUGUUUUUCGGGGUUUAAAAUAGUAUUUUUAAUUAGUUUUAAUGUUUUGAUAAGUUUCUGUUAUUGUGGGAGGGGGAUUGUUUGUCUUUGGUUUUAACAUGGUUUGGUGCUCAGAGUCACAGAACUAAUAUGGAUGGCUAUAUAAACUAAAAUAAACAAUAAAUUAAUUGUAAUAAGUAAACGAGUACAACUUCUAGUUGUAUUAAUCUUAUAGAUUUCAUAUUGGAACCAGGAACUUGCAUCUCAUCCUGGAUCAUUAUUUUCUUAUCAGGAUAAUCUACGAAACCAGACAGAAAAAUGUUAUAUUAAAGUUAACUGACAACUGCAAAUAUUUAGUAAUUAGAAAUGACUAAAAUUAGUCAAAUUAUAAAUAUUUAUUCUGCUAAUUGAAUAAUGUGCACAUUUACUUGUCCAUGUCACUAAAAUAAAACAAAGUUAAAAACACUCAAAAUAUUGUUUUGGUCAGAAUUAGUGCAAAGGGAGUAAGUACUCUGCAUAGUUAAAACUUUUUUGAGCUAUGCCCAGUGUUUCUGUUUUUUAGAUGUAUAGCUCGUACAUUUAUUUAGUAUGUUAUUUAUUUAGUGUAGCAUAAUAUAGAUGUCUUUCAGAAGAAUAAUGUUUAUCUUAAACCAGUUGUUUAAAUUAUAUAAAUCUUGUCUGACAAGUUGAUGAACAUUAUCAGUAAUUUUCAAUACAGGUAACAGUAGGCUGAAUAUAAAUAUACAUAACUAUUUCCUAUAAUUUUCUUCAUUUGCCUCUCAAUGAAUCAAGUUACAAUGUACUGAUGGGAUAUAGGGCUGGAAGUAAUUCAGUGAUAAAGCAUGUGAUUGUCAUUUUCAAUCUUCUUGCACUCCAUGCACCCCUUGAUUUGGUUUGUGUUCCAGCCAACCAUCCAAAGGGGAAUAAUAAAAAAAAAGAAUCAGA